AGACGCUCUCGGACCUGCAGCCACUGCUGGAAAGAACUGUUUGCGAGCUGCGAGUGACCUUCAGACGUUUUGAGGAACACAAUCGGGUCAUGAGAGAAGAGUCCAGCUGUGGUCACAACAACAGUCUGGUGGGAGAGGCAGAAUGUAAUCAUUUAUCGCCGGGUUCGUCUGUGGGCAGUCACGACCCCCAUUCGGCAGACUGCAGCUCGAUGUCGGGCGCUGAGCGUUCUGAGGACGGCCGUCCGGUCAGCACAGUGUCCACGGUUUCGUCCAGCUCUUCUGUCGAGGGCAACAGCAGCCCGUGCAGGAGCUCGCCAACAACGCCAUCGCCGAGCACACAAGCGGAUAUCAACCUGGAGCUCAGCCCACCGGAGGGUCCGUUAGAUCCUCCAGAACUGCUCGGGUUUGAUUGGCCCGUAUCAGAACCUGUAAUUACGGUGCCAAAACACUGCGAGGACCCCCCGUCACCGUUUGCCAUGGUCGCAAUGGUGCCUAACCCUCAGCUCACUUACGUGGACCGCGUCGUCAUGGAGAUUAUAGAGACGGAGCGGAUGUACGUCAGGGAUUUAUGCAGCAUCGUAGAGGACUAUCUCGUGCACAUCAUUGACAGCAGAGACCUGCCAAUCAAACCAGAGCAAGUUUGUUCCCUGUUUGGAAAUAUUGAACAUAUUUACGAGUUCAACAGUGAACUAUUGCAGUCUUUAGACAUGUGUGUCAAUGAUCCUGUGUCUGUUGCACGCUGCUUUGUGGACAAGAGCGACUAUUUUGACAUCUACACGCAGUACUGCACAAACUACCCAAAUUCAGUGGCGGUGCUGACGGACUGUUUGAGGAACAAAACUUUGGCGAAGUUCUUCAGGGAUCGUCAGGCGUCACUCAAGCGCUCUCUUCCGUUGGGUUCAUACCUGCUCAAACCUGUUCAGAGGAUUCUUAAAUAUCACCUGCUGCUUCAGGAAAUUGCCAAACACUUUGACCCUGAGCAGGAGGGAUAUGAUGUGUUGAUCGAGGCCAUAGACACCAUGACUGGAGUCGCCUGGUACAUCAAUGACAUGAAGAGAAAACACGAGCAUGCAGUGAGACUACAGGAGAUUCAGUCUCUGCUUCUGCACUGGAAGGGUCCAGAUCUGACCACAUUUGGUGAGCUGGUUUUGGAGGGGACGUUCCACGUCCAUCGUGCCAAGAAUGAAAGAACACUCUUCCUGUUUGAUAAGAUGCUGCUCAUCACUAAGAAAAGAGGAGAACAUUACGUGUACAAGACUGACAUCUCGUGUUCUGCUCUCAUGCUGAUAGAAAGUGCCAAAGACUCGCUUCAAUUCAGCGUGACUCAUUACAAAUACCCGAAACAACUGCACACCGUUCAGGCCAGAACAUUGGAGGAGAAGAAACUCUGGGCUCAUCACAUAAAGAGACUCCUUCUGGAGAAUCAUCACGCUGUUAUACCACAGAAAGCCAGAGAUGCGAUCUUGGACAUGGACUCUACGUGCCCAGUAAAGUACCGCUACAGUCCAGACCGGCUGAAAGCCACGUCCUGUCGCAGUGACCAUUUCUCUGGAGGCGCUCUGAAGGAGCGGAGACAAUCUGAACCAGCGAAGUGGACCGCACAAACUACUAAAGGUAACAUGGAGUCAGGACAGGUGUAUCAUGAGCUUCUGCUCAUGCGGGUGACACAUGCCCGUAUCCGCGAGGGUCCCCUCUGCCCGCUUCAGCAUCAAAGACUCGAAUCGCCCUUCCUGCCACAUUUAACACAUUCACCUCACCACACAACUUCCUGUGAUUUAACGCUCCAGCAUGCCGACAGCGAAGGCAUUCUCUUAGUGGACAAAGAGCGACGUUCCAUGCCGCCUACCGCCAACAUCUCCGCCCUGAGUGCAAAUCAGGAAGUGGUGCAGAACGGACUAGAAGAUCUUGAAUCUAGCAUGAGCUCGCUGGAUGACCUCAUGCAAAAGAGACUUCAUGAAGACGAGGAACAGAGAGUGAAUCAUACAGAGGACCGAAAGGAAGGAUGUAAAACAGAAGAGGAAGUUCUAAUGGGGGUUGAGCAGGUAGCUGACUUUGCGAGUUCAGUGUUGGCCGCCAUCACCUGCUGGCAGUAUAGAGCCAGAGCUUUGCUUUCCAAUCAGAUCACAAUGAGCUCUGCUGGGGAAAACAGUUCACAGAAGGUCUCCUCUCCAGGAUUAGAACAAUCAUUUAAUUAUCUAGAGAAAUGUGGGACAAUAACUUCUAGAUGCCCCACAGAACCAGAGAUAGUGGACCUCCAUAAUGGCGGAAGAGAAAAUGAAGAGAAUAUUGAGGACCGUGUGUGUUUCUCAUCCCAUAUUGGACUAGAACUACAAGUAGGAGAAGAGGAAGAGAAGACUCCAGAAGACAUGGAGGUGGACAAGAAUGUUCCAGCACCUGGUGGCCUCUUGUCUUCAACCGAGCUGGACAGUGCAUGUGAAAUCUCAGAUCACUUUACUUGUAGCCUCUCACGAAAGAGCAGUCUAGGAGCAGAUAGGUCAUGUGACUUGGGCUGCCCAUCUUCUCUGUCAGAAAGUAGGAGGAGCAGUUUUCUCAGCUGUAGCACAGAGCCGCAUGAGAAUGACAAAGCCCAAGAGCUUAGGUCAUCUCCAGAACCGUCAACAGAGACAGUUCCUGACAGCCCCUUCAAACCAGAUAAUAGACCUCAAAGGAAGCCAGAUACCCUCUCCAAAAAGGACAGAAUGCUCAUCCAUAAGAUUAGACGGUAUUACGAACACGCAGAGCACCAGGACGGCAGCUUUGCCGUUAAUCGCAGAGAAAGCCUCUCGUACAUUCCCGCGGGCCUAGUCCGCAAUUUGAGUCAACAGCUCAAUGACCUCUCUCCAGAUGAAGAUAUGGUUUUACACAGGAGGGCAUCUGCCAUCACACGGCCAACUUCAUGGGAUGUUUUUAAUUUGCCAGGCUUGGACAGUGAAGCAAAGUCCAAAGUCUGCAUCUCCAAGUUUCAAGCUGAGAAAGGAGCUGAAGUGCUUCGUAAACCUGAGGAAUUCCAGCCCGCAGCUAAUAUGGUUAAGGUGUGGAAAGACCUGGAGAUGGAGAUAAUUGGGGCUUCAGAAGAACCUCAGAACUCUCUCGAAACCUCAGAGAAUACACACAUAUCUACACCUGAUCAGGAGAAGAAAGCAGAAACCAGCAAAUCGAGCACUGAUAGUGGACUCGAAGAACCUCUUCUAAUAUUGGAAGAGUCUGAUGUAAGCUCUACCCCCUCUACUCCUUCUUCAAUCAACAACAGUUUAGAAGAUGACAAGAGGCAAAAGUUUGAGACCUUUCCAAACCAGGAGCACAAGUUCCAUGAGCGCCACAAAGUCAACCAUGCUCCUCUACCCAAAGUAAUCUCUUUGAGGUCUGCCAUUGAAGAAGACCUCAUCCUGCAAGAAAUGGACAAGAUGAAAAAUAAAGUGUUCCAGUUGGCCAGACAGUACAGUCAGCGUAUCAAAAACAGCAGACCUGUAGUAAGACAAAGGCCCAAAGUCUCGGAGAGCCAUUUCACACCCAAUAACUUUUCCUCUGUUAUGGAGGAAAUACCUCAUGGAAAAGACAAAGGACUCCCUAACAGGAUACUUUCGCUGGCCUUGAAUGAACAGGACGUUGUACAGGACACUAGUGCAUCUUCCAGCAUAUGCUCUCCCGGAAGUCCUCAGUUGCCGUACUUCUGCCGAGGAAACAUCCAGAGACCUCAAAGCCCAGUACACACUAUGAGCUUCCACUGGCCUGAUGUCAAGGAGUUGCGCUCCAAAUAUAACAACCCAGAGUCUGUGCCCGCUCCCUCCCGUUCCUUGCCAGUCAGCCGUAGCAGCUCUUUUCCAGAGAGGAACGGUGACCAUGGACUGGCGAGGUCCAGAGCUUCACGUAUCUUGUCAUGUUCAUCCCCCUUCUGCGAAGUCACAGUCCAUAGAACCACAACCACAGAUUCUACGACGUUGUCUUGCAAGACCCUUAUAGGUUAAGGUGUACCUUCAGUUUAUUGAGUUAACUCUCUUAAUCGAGGUCGGGGGCACCACACAAACAAACACAUGCACAACCAAACACAACAACCCUUCCCAAAGACAACAACUUCAUUAUUGUUGGACCAAGCAAGAAAAGGGUGGUCUUGCAAUGGGAAGAGAUGAUGAGAAUCAACUAAGAUCAGAUGUCGUUUUGCAAUCUGGAUUUGCACGAUGGACCGCAAAGCGCAAGACUUGAAGUUCAGUGCUUGGGUUGACGAAGGUCUUCGCUGUUCGUUUGGGAAAAACCAGAGAAUGGCCAACACCGUUUGGUUGAAAACCUGCGUGAGAAAUGUCAGAACCAAAGUUCUUACUGAAUAUUUUAUUGCAUUCACUCAAAACAUGAAAUGGUUGCCAUUCUGUGCUCUAAAAUGUAUGACGUUUGGCCACUGUUUUAGAGGAAUAGCAUGUGUUUAGUCUUAUGCAGGUAAGUAAGGUUGAACUUAAUGCAUUCAUAAGCAUUAAUGACCGCAAAUGGUCCUGUGCAUGGCACAGAAAACUUGCUCACAUUAUAACCAAAGCGUGAGCGCUGCAAUAUGACAUGCAAUCUAUGAGUUACUGUGCAUAAAGCCAAGAGUUACUAGUGCAUUUGAAUAGGCACUGCCGUGUGUUACUGUUUGUAUUCGAGCACUGACCAGAGGAAAGAGGGUUAUCUCGUAAAGACGUCAUUCCACUCUAACGAGGAGGAAACUGGACAUAAUAAACUGAUAAUCAGAUCAAAGCUAAUCAAUGAAAAACUAAGGAGGAAGCUUGAUGUCAUUUCCAAUCUGGAAUGUUUCCAGCGGGUGUGGACCAUUUUAAUGCCAUGUGGUACAAUCGAAAAGCUGCUUUAUAAUCUUUACAUUGAAUUGUGCCGUCUCACAGUUGCUGAUUUGUUACGUGCUUAAAGGUCAAAUAUGUUUCUGCUCUAUUUACAAAAACGGUUUUGCAAAUACAAGGUUAUUUUAAUGGACACUCCCAGAAUGUGUCCUUCGCUGUGGUUGUGUAGAUAGUCUUUGAUAUUGGGAGAUAUUAUAAGAUGUUUUUGGGAUUAUCUCCACGUAAGAUGACAUUGUAACCUUGUAUAUUUAUCCUUAUUUAUUUGAAACAGUGUAAAUAUGCAUAAUUGACGAUUUGUAUAAACGGACCACUUAUUUCAUUUCCUGUUUCUCUCUCUGAUUACAUUAAAGCUUAUAACACUAAUCCUCAUCACUUCUCCUUGUUGU